UUUAACAUUUUAGUACAGCUAACAUUUGCUCCUUCUCUAUUCAUUUACGUUCUCUGAUUUAACUAUUUAGUACAGCUAACAUUUGCCUUCUCUAUUCAUUAACAUUCUCUGGCACGAGUUUGAUUUUUUUACAAAAGGCAUAUUGAGGGACAUACAUUUGCGCCUUCUCUAUUUAUUAACAUUCUCUGGUGCUACCAUGUUAUCCAAAAUUAAACUUCACUUGUGGUAUUACCAGACAAUAUAUUAUUAUGUAGCUAUCUUAAGUGAAAUUUUGCAAUAUUAUGAAAACUGUUGGUAAGUCUAGUUAAGGCAUAAGCUAUCGAUAGUCAAAAGAAACUACCGAUAGUGAGAUGAAAAUAAAACUAUCGAUAGUCCCAUCGACUGUUCUGCACUUCUACUAGUAAUAGAUGUCAAAGUGAGCAUUGUGGUUGCUUCGUCAAUAGUUUAAUUUAAUUUUUGUGUGUUUUAUUAGUUGACAAAAUGGAUGAUGAAGCGGAGACUUACAAGCUUUGGCGCAUUCGUAAAACUAUAAUGCAACUUAGCCACGACCGUGGUUAUCUGGUAACGCAAGAUGAAUUAGAUCAAACAUUGGAGCAGUUUAAAGAAAUGUUUGGCGAUAAACCCAGCGAAAAGCGGCCAGCACGUUCCGACCUUAUAGUUUUAGUGGCGCAUAAUGAUGAUCCAACUGACCAGAUGUUUGUUUUCUUCCCGGAUGAACCGAAAAUUGGCAUAAAAACUAUCAAAACAUAUUGUACAAGAAUGCAAGAAGAGAAUAUACAUCGUGCGAUCGUAGUAGUGCAAGCAGGCAUGACACCAUCGGCCAAACAAUCUUUGGUUGAUAUGGCGCCAAAGUAUAUUCUAGAACAAUUCCUUGAAUCGGAACUUCUAAUCAAUAUUACAGAACAUGAACUGGUUCCCGAACACGUUGUAAUGACACCAGAAGAAAAGCAAGAGUUACUGGCACGUUAUAAACUGAAAGAGAACAUGUUAAUGCGAAUUCAAGCGGGAGAUCCUGUUGCGCGUUACUUUGGUCUCAAACGUGGACAAGUAGUUAAAAUUAUACGUUCAUCGGAAACAGCUGGUCGUUAUAUAUCUUACCGACUUGUUUGUUAAAAUAUAGUUUUGUAUUAAGAUGUAGAUUUAAAAAUAAAUUUGUUUAUCACUUACUUUUAUUAAAAUAUGUACCAAUUUCAUAGGUCCGUUGUUUCAGAUUUUCAAGUUCUGAUUUUAAUAUAUAUCCACUAAAGUAACACAAUUUCCGAUAUCUAAGUAUAUGUCUACAAUAAAAAUUAUGAAAAAAAAAUUUUCAUAUGAGCGGUAAGACAAUGCGAAUAACUGUUAGUAAUACAUAAUAUGUUUAUUUAGAA